UACUCAUGGCGGGUUUCGCUGUAAGCCUGUAACCAACUCAUUAUUGUUAUCGUCUCAAUUACACUUCGUUCAUAUACUUUUCUUUGCCUUUCUAGAGAGUUCAUCAGAGAUGGCUGGUCGAGGAAAACAACUCGGAUCUGGCGCGGCGAAGAAGGCUACAUCUCGCAGUAGCAAGGCGGGGCUCCAAUUCCCCGUUGGUCGUAUCGCCCGAUUCCUCAAGGCCGGAAAGUACGCCGAGCGUGUUGGAGCAGGAGCUCCGGUUUACCUCGCCGCCGUUCUUGAAUACCUCGCCGCCGAGGUGCUUGAGCUUGCUGGGAACGCGGCAAGAGAUAACAAGAAGACUCGGAUUGUGCCUCGACACAUUCAGCUUGCUGUGAGGAACGACGAGGAGCUAAGCAAGUUACUUGGAGAUGUGACGAUUGCUAAUGGAGGAGUGAUGCCUAACAUCCACAAUCUCCUUCUCCCUAACAAGAAGGCUGGUUCCUCUAAGCCUACCGAUGAAGAUUAGGAGAUCCAAUGUCACAAAGUCUGAUAACGAUGGAUAAUGGUUUGAGGGCAGAGGGAACAAGUAGUAGAGGACGGUUACGCAACAGCUGUGUGGAUGUAGUAGUAGUUGCAAAUGAUAUUUUGUUCCUUUGUGUGAAUAUAUGAAGAACCUUUCUUCUCUUUGAUUCAGACUCUACAUGCUUUAGGGGUUCGUACUGUAAUAAUACUCCACUUUGUUGACUUA